GCCUCCAGUGUGGACAGUUUAUACUUCAGUAACAGGUCAUGCGCUGUUUCUGUGCUGGGUCACUUUAACUGACCCGGGAGGAAGUUCCUGUUCGAGUUCCUGUUUUUGAUUUCCUGAUAGCUUACUUACUGUUUGCUUCAAUUUGUAAAGUUUUACGCUGGACAGCAUAUACUGACUCUUCAUCGCACAGUCAUCAGAGUGACAAACGUAAACAUAUCUUCCAUUGUAUCGAGUUGAUUACGAUCGUCUGGAUAUGAAAGCUAACAACUACAAGACUGCAAGCUUGAAGACUUUCUGAUAAGUUAUAUUUUUAAUUUCCUCCACUCAUUAAGAUGGAGGAGGCAUAUGCAGCGCUGUACCAGGAGUUUGUCCGUCUCCAGUCACUCUGCUUAAAACAAGCAGCAAUGCUAAAACAUCUCUCUGACACAGUGCAAAGACAACAAGGGUUGGCCACUACUCCGGCUAGGACUUUUGAAAACCCAUGCCAGUGCACAGAGCUGGGACACCAACCCCAUCCUGCAGAACGCCAUGAAUCUCAAAGACUGAAUCUUGCUGAAACACACAUACUGAACCCUCAAAUUGCUCAUGAUCUCUGUCACAUUGAUAGAGGACUAGACAAACUGCAUUUUAACCUGGACGUGCCAGAUCAGAAACAAGGUAGCCACGAUAACGCGGUUUUGCACAAUCCUGUAAAGAUGGCCGAAAACAGCGCCUGGGAUGACCUGAGGAAAGUUGAGCAACAUCAUCAUGCUAACCAGACUUCACAACGGCUGCGGAGACCCUGGUCAUCCUCAUUUCUGGACAGUGAGUUGGUCAGUCAAGCCGGAGGGCUGUUCAUGUCAGGAGUGACGCUGCAGUCGCAGGUGUGCGAGUUCUGUCAUGCUGUGUUCCCUGGACACACGAGCACCCGCGGAGAGUUUCUGCGUCACCUCACUACACACAUGACUUGAAGAAAAGCAGUGCUGGGAAUCAAAUUCAUUAAAAAAAAUGAAGAAAUGAGAGAUGAUAAGUGAACACUGAUAAUGUCAGUAAUGGACAGUAAUAUGUUUGAUUUUGAAACUAUUUAAGGUUUGAUCAGUGAUGGUCAAGAUAUCUUUUUAUUAAACUGUAAUGCACACAAAGCUGUAGUGCAAAUACAUAAUAUGAUAAAGCAGGAAGAACAACAAAAAUGUUAUGCAUGCACAUAUUUGUUUAUCAUGUUAUGAUUCAUCUGCUGUUUCAUUUUGUAAUUAUUUGGUUCCAUCAGAAAAAAGUGUCUGUAUUGUACAACUGGAAAUGGGAAUAUAUUAUAUUAUUUUUCUAAACGAUUUACUUUUUUUACCCAAAUGCUGUAUUCUCACUACACAUGAUAGUGAAUAGUGCUGUCUGUCAAUUAAAGAUUAAAUACUCUGUAAAAUUA